UAUAAAUUCGUCUGAAUUUCAAUAAAACUGUUUGCCUGCUCUACGCCGCAUUUCGAAGAAACAUCCCAGUCGAUUGAAAUCGGUCAAACGAGAAAGACCUCCUCUACCUACAGAUGGCAGAUUUGAAGAGUGUUUGUGUCUUGGUCGCGGUUUGUUUGCUCUCGUGCGAGGUUCCAGCGAAGGGACAGCGACCGAACGGUAACGGGAACGGGGGCCAGUGGGUAUUCCCCAAUCCCGAGCCGGAGCCAAGCAGGUGGGACUACAGCAACUACAACAACUUUAACAACGGAUACGAAAGUCAAUGGCCGCCGGGUUAUUUUAACAACUACGGCUAUUAUAGACCCCCGCCGCCACGGCCUCCGCCGCCGUGCGGUCAACCUCCUCCCGGACCCCCGCCGCCGGGCCCACCGCCACCCGGUCCUCCGCCCGGUUGUCCAGGAGGUCCACCCCCGCCUCCGGGACGACAUCAUGGUCACCGCCAAUGGAACCCACGACGUCCGCCGCCCGGUUAUCAUAGGAACUUCCAAAACAUAUUCCUGAGUACGGAGCAAAAGGUGGACACGGAAAACUACAAUAAAACGGCGGAGGCGGCGGAUUUGCAUGACGAUUUCAAUGGACGAUCGAUCGUGGCGCCCGGACAGUAUCCGCAUAUGGCUGCUCUGGGAUUCCGUAAUGAGAACCACGAGAUCGACUACAAGUGCGGCGGUAGCCUAAUCAGUGAGUAUUUCGUGCUCACGGCCGCUCACUGUCUCACCACACACGGCACGGCCCCCGAUGUGGUGAAAAUUGGGGAUAUCAAGCUCAAAGAAUGGGAAAACGAUGUUGCCCCACAAAGGCGUCGUGUGGCGCAGAUUUAUCUGUAUCCACUGUACAAUGCUACCUUGAACUACCAUGACAUUGGACUGAUCCAGCUAAACCGACCCGUGGAAUACACCUGGUUUGUGAAGCCGGUCCGACUGUGGCCAAGGGACGAAAUUCCGUAUGGCAAGCUCCACACCAUGGGCUACGGCUCAACAGGGUUUGCCCAGCCCCAGACCAACAUUCUCACGGAACUGGAUCUAUCGGUGGUGCCAACAGAUCAGUGCAAUAGCAGUCUUCCCGCAGACGAGAGCUCUCCUCAAGGGAUUCUUUCAAGCCAGAUUUGUGCUCACGACUACGAAAAAAAUCGUGAUACCUGCCAGGGCGAUUCUGGGGGACCUCUUCAGCUGAACCUGGAGCGUAGAAAUCGCCGGCACCGCAGCCGAAGACGUUAUCGCUAUUACCUGGUGGGCAUCACUUCCUACGGUGCCUAUUGUCGCAGUGAAUUUCCAGGUGUUUAUACACGCGUGUCGUCCUACAUCGACUGGAUUGCUUCUAUAGUAUGGCCGAAUUACUUCAGCGAGUUUGAUAAUCAGUAAAUAGUAAUAAAUAAAUGUUUUAUUCGGUAUAGUCGGAUUUAUGCAUAAAAAUAUGUUAUGAUAAUUUAA